AUGCUUGCCCCGCGGCCUGUAAAGGUCCCGUCGGCAUGGCCCGAGGUUGACAAGCAUGGCCCCAUCGAUCUUCGCACGGCCGAGGACCUCGUGGGCGUGGCCGGGUGCAGCCCCGGGGAGGCGAGCCUGAGCGUCAGGCGUCGCGAGGCCACGGGGUGCACCAUUCCGAUGCCUUGGACAGUGCAUAUAGAGGGAGGCCAGGAGGACGAGAUGGUUAAGCCGCUGGCGCCCUCGAGUUCUGUGGGCAGCGGCAUGUCUUCAAAAGACAAGGUGGACUCCGGGGUGGAAAUGUUGGUCCUCGUGCGAAAGAACAGGUCCAUUGGCCCCGUGGAGGCGGAUGUUUUGGACUCCGCCAAGCAAGCUGGGGGCCUGGCGACCAUCACGGAUGUGUCCGAAGAUGAAGGCAAGGCAGAGGAGCCCCCGGCCUUGGACAGUUUCUCAUUCGCCCCCUUUGAGCAGGAAUCGCCUAUAACAGAGUCGGCCUUCACCAACGGACCAAGCUUCCAGAUCUGCGCGGGAUCGCCCUUGGAAUCACCAUCUGAGAAGGACUGGAGGAUGGGAGGCGCCGCUGUCAGAGGUGCAUCCCACCAUGAUGGGCCAAUGGGACACGACCGCUGGCCGUCAAUUUGUUCGGUGGGCUCUGGCUGCUCGUGCCCUCUGUGCAAUAUGUCACGGGGCCUGGGCUCGCAUUCGAAGCUCCGCCUGAGCCAGACAGAAUUUCAGGAGUGUUCCCAAGCAGAAGACUUCUUGAACCAGUUUAGGAUGGAAGCCCCAAUAAAGAGAACACUCACAGAAACGGAGACGCAGUCAUCCACUGGCUCUCUUAACUUGAGAAGGGACAAAACUGUCAAAAUGAGGGGUUGUGUUGAUUUUGGUGCGCACUGCUUUCCAAGCAUGUCUGCAAGCAGCUGGUUGUCUUGA